AAUGCCUAACUUGUUGUCCUAAGCUGUGUACAUAAUCAAGUUUCAGACAGAGAGAGAGAGAAACAAAUUCACGAAAGACGACUAAAGAAAUCUCAAAAAGCCUCUGAUUCAGCCAGAAGGUUUUGGUCAAAGAAAAAAAUGAACUCUUGCGCGAUCUACGCCGUCAUCGCGCUCCUGGCGCUCGUAAUCUCUGCCGUCAACGCAACCGGAGGCUUCGGAGACUCGCUCGAUUUCGUACGGAGCGGGUCUUCGUCGCUCUUCUCUGGAUGCGAAGGCUCGAUCGCUGAGUGUAUAGCCGAGGAAGAGGAGAUGGAGUUCGAUUCAGAGAUCAGCCGGCGCAUUCUAGCGCAGAAGAAGUACGUUAGCUACGGUGCGAUGAGGAAGAACAGUGUGCCUUGCUCGCGCCGUGGAGCUUCGUAUUACAACUGCCAGCGUGGCGCUCAGGCGAAUCCUUACAGCCGUGGAUGCAGCACCAUUACCAGGUGCAGGCGUUGAAGAGGAAGAGAUGAUGAGUCCAAUUCCUGUUUUGCCCUUGCGUGUUUCGCUUUAUUUUCUUCUUUUUAAUUUAUUUCCGGGAUAUAUGGGUUUGAUUUACACAUUGAUGAAAACUAUAGUCUUUGAUGAAAACAACAAAAAAAAACAUAUCGUUAUUUUUAUUUUUGCUGGUUGUUCAUAUAAAUAAAAAAAUAAUUCAAAGUUGGGUAGAUUAACGAAAGUUAUUAGUCCGAGAAGUAAUUGAGAUCUGUGCUUCGUUUUGUGUUGUAACAAUUAACGAAAAGUAAUUAUUACAAGUUUUUGAAUC